UUCGUUCAGUUGUCCUCUAGCAUCGACGUGGGCGGGUUGUGUCCGAGCGCGUCGUGUUUCCCGCGAAAAUUUACGUUUUUCCGGCUUACAUAUACUUACUUAGACCUUUGAGUAAUUGAGUAAUUAUUAUUAGUAUUAAUGUUGUAGUGAUUAUUUGAUAGUGGAAAUAUUUUUAAAUCGUGCUUAUAAAUAACUUUAAGUGGUUUUAUUAACAUUUGUAAAUCAACUUUUGAAAAUAAAGUUUGUGGCGUUGGUUUUGGAGAUUACUUCAUUUAUUUACAAGUAUUUGUGAAAAGUGUUAAGGGAAUUUGUGAGCCCAUGUCGUGUGUUGGUGGGCGAUAACGGUGCCGGUGUGGUUGUGUUGAUGUGGAAGUGCGAGAGUUGAUCGAGCUGGCGUGGUACGGGGCGGGCGGGGCGUGCGGGGCGGGCGGGGGCGCGAUGCAGGCCGGCGGCGGCUGGUUCUUGCCAUGGACGAUGGGCAUGCAUAAGUUCGCGGUGGCGCUGCCGAUGGGCGGCGUGGUGCCGCUGGUGCCGCCGCUGCUAGCCGCGCUGCCGCCGGCGCCGCCGCCGUUGCGGCUGCUCGCGCCUCCCCCGCUGCAGCAUCAGGCACAGAUCGGGAGGAAGGGUGAAAAAGACAACGGAAAGAACUGCAUUCUGUCGUGCGAAAAAAGAAAAGCUGACGACGCAGAUAUUAAUAAGGACUUGAAAAAGGCAAAACUUGAAACCAAAGCACUAAAGGCGAAGAGGCCCGGCUUCACAGACGACCGUUACAACGAGACAUCUUACUAUAUUGAGAAUGGCCUUAGGAAAGUUUAUCCUUACUACUUCACGUUCACCACCUUCACCAAAGGAAGGUGGGUCGGGGAGAAGAUCUUGGAUGUCUUCGCUCGUGAGUUCAGAGCUCACCCAGCAGCGGAGUAUGAAAGAUGCAUCAGGGCUGGCACCCUCACAGUCAACUACGAGAGAGUCGACCCUGACUAUAGACUCAAACAUAACGACUUACUUGCUAACGUCGUUCACAGGCACGAAGUACCGGUCACCAGCCAACCGAUCACCCUCGUACAUAUCGACGAGGAAAUUGUGGUUGUCAACAAACCAGCCUCUAUUCCCGUUCACCCGUGUGGCAGAUAUCGACACAACACAGUCGUUUUCAUACUUGCCAAGGAAUACAACUUGAAGAAUUUGAGAACAAUUCAUCGAUUGGACAGACUAACCUCAGGGUUAUUGCUAUUCGGAAGAAGUCCGAAGAAAGCGAGACAAAUGGAACAUCAGAUAAGAAAUCGUCAAGUGCUAAAGGAAUACGUCUGUAGAGUGGAUGGCCAUUUCCCUGACGACGAAAUAGAAUGCCAGGAACCAAUUGAGGUGGUUAGCUACAAGAUUGGAGUGUGCAAAGUUUCACCCAAAGGAAAGGAUUGUUCUACGGUGUUCAAGCGAUUGGGAUUCAACGCCAAUAAUAAUACAAGUGUGGUGCUAUGUAAACCGAAAACUGGAAGGAUGCAUCAAAUUCGAGUACAUCUCCAAUAUUUAGGCUAUCCAGUCGUCAAUGACCCAUUAUACAAUCAUCCAGUAUUUGGACCACUACGUGGUAAAGGAGGAGACACAGGUGGUAAAACUGAUGAACAGUUAGUGCGAGACCUCAUCGCCAUACACAACGCUGAAAACUGGCUUGGAGUUGACGCCGGCGAUGAUGAUUUACUAUUUUCGAAGCCAGUGUCUGACGAUAAAGUGGGUGAAGAUGAUUGCGACACGGGACCAACGUCAAGGGAAUCAUCUCCAAGACUCGAAUCUCCUGCACCUGGUCUAACGCCAUCUUCAGUUAUGACUCCAACGCUUCCAAGUCCCUCGAGUGGCGCGGAGGCUCCGGUGGAAGUGGCUGCGAAUUCUCCCCCUCCGUGUACCCUCGCGCCCUCACCGGUCACAUCACCUGCUUUUAAUGAUGACUCCAAUGAUGCUAAGUCUGAUAAAGUGACAGUGGCGACACAAACGGGUUGUGGGGCUGGGUCGCGGGCGCCGAGCGCGGCGGCCGUGGCCAGCCUCGGCACCAGCGCAGUUGGCACCGCCGCUGCAGACUCACUAGCAGCUGACCCGCACUGCUACGAGUGCAGGGUGAGGUACCGCGACCCAAGACCACGCGACCUCGUCAUGUACCUACACGCGUGGAAGUACAAGGGACCCGGCUGGGAGUACGAAACUGAACUUCCACAAUGGGCGAACGUUGAUUGGGAAGAACAAGAUAAUUCAUAGUCACACUGUUGACACAUUAAAGACGCAUCACAACGCACGACUGUUUUUGAAGAACGGAACUAUUUGUCGAGAGUUAAACUGCUGUUCGUAUAAUUAAGCCGAUGAAUGUGGGAAACCAGUUUUUAAUGUUACUUUUCAAUGUCACUAACAUAGGAAAUGAUUUGUUUAUGAAUGGUUUAAUUGGAUCAAAGAUGAAAUAGGAAAUGUAGAAAAGACAACAGGGUUCUACUCUCAGAAGCCCAUUUUAAUGUAUGAAAAUUGUAACAUAUUACAGUAAUGAGGUAAAAUUUUGUAUUUAAUGUAUCAAGAAUAUCUUGCACUUCUGUAUCUUAUAUCUUGUUUUAUUCCAGGAUUUCGAUCGGAAUAGCGCUCGUUAAUAUUUUAAAAAUGUAGUGUUUAUCAAGUUUUAGUUCCUAUCGGCCUAGAAUGUUUUUGUCAAGCUUGUAGUGUUAAGUAUAUGUAAUCUUUAAUAAUUGUAAAACUAAUAUCUGUACCGUAAAAUAGGUAUAUCGCUUAAACGAGGCAGGGUCAGAACAACAAUCAUAAAAGUAAAUUUUAUUUAAAACUCAGAUGAGCAAUUAAAUUCAACAACCUUACAAAAUAAGGCUGUAACAGUGUAUUUUUUUUUUAAUUUGACAUCGACGAUUAUACGUCUUUUUAAUUCUAAAUUCGUUUAUUUUUGUAAAAAUUCAAUUGACUAUUGGAAUUAUUAUAUCUUGACAUAUAAUAUUAAAAAUAUUUGGACCACUCAUUACUUGAGGUUAAAGCUAUCUCUGUACAUUAAAUGCGUGUAAAUUUGAAGCAUAGAUGUAAUAAAUUCUUUAGUAUUCGACGUUGUUGCUACGUCGUUACAUUUGGCUUCCAUAGGUCUCAGUAGUAUGUUAAAAGUUUUUUAUAGACUCUCUAAACUUUUGUACCUACAUAGAGUAUUUUGCUACGACGAAAUUCGCUUUACGUUUCGUUCAUUCAUUUGUUUUAUUUCUGGUCUGCAUUUAUGGUUUUAAUUUUGUUUUCGUCAUUUAUAAUAUGUACUUUAUUACCGUUGGUAGUCGAAUCUACAAAAGUAUACCUAUCUCCCUCUUUGUUAUACGAAUUCUCUGAGAUAGCUGUUUUUAUGUUUCGAUGAAACAGUUUAAGGCACCGUUUGAUAUGGUCUUUUCAAUAAUACAGUAACCAAAGUAAUGGAGUCAUUUUCUCCAAAGAGAAGUUUUUAACAAACUAAGGUGACGGUUUUGAAUCACUCAAAGCAGCACACUUAAAGACAUGGUAAGGGUUUUUGUUUGUUUUUUCAUAUAUCAUAAGUUUCGCGUGUUUUUUUAAUUGUUAAGAAAUUCCGAACUGUUUUUUAACUUUUUUUUCUUUUGGAUUGUUUGUAGUAUUUAACACGAUUUGCCAUAAUGUAUAUGUUGAAGUCAAAUCAUUAACGUCUAGUGUAGUAGAAAGUAUUAUAAUAAAAGACAAUUCUUGUGACACUAAAAUAUUUUCACGAGCUUUUAUAAAAUUAGUUUAAUGAAUAUAUAUUUUUCUUACUUAUAAUGUUAGUGAUAGAUCUGUUUUAUCGUUCUGUUUUUGCAAUAGCAAACAUGGUUUGGACUAAAUAAAAUCGUUAAUUAAAUAAUUCUAUCAAUAUGCAUGUAUAAUGCUUCCAAAUUUAAUUUCACUUGUAACUGUACAAAUGCUUUUCUUGUGCUAGAUAUUGUCAUCUUUAAAAAUAUAAAAAACUAUCUGUUUUGGGAUCAAAUUGUGUAUUAAAAAAUAAGAUAACAGAUUGGGAUUGCUAUUGCAAAUAAUGAAUCGGUUAACACCGCUGUCUAAUUUCUAGAUUCAAAAUUUAAUAACCUUUUUCGAUGACAUUUUGUAUUAUGAAAUAGUUUGUACAAAUUAAGAUUUCUAUCAGUGGCAUAUCACCUGAGAUGGAGUAACCGAAGCUUAUCCCAUCCGAAGGUAAAUCUUGUAGUCAAAUGGUUUCUUUUAAAUAUUGUUGGUAUUUUUAUAUAGUAUGUAAGAAUGUUCAUAUAUAUUAUGUUAUAUAUUAAUGUAACCGUUAAACUAACAUGUAGAUUAAAUGUUUACGAUAAAGCCUGGUUAAUUCUUUGUUAAAAUGAUGUUUCUUUUAGCUUCCAACGAAUGUCGAAGUAAUCUCUGAAGUUAAUUUAUUAUUAAGAUUUUCAUGUGCCUUCUCAAAAUAAAGAAAUAAGAUAAAUUCUAAAAUGUUUUUCAUUACAGUAAUCUGUAAUUGUUACACGGUUUUAACAUAAGUAGGUAUACACUUGGCACUUAUUUAGGUCAACGAAGGCGUGAUAAGGGAAACACAUUACUAUAAAAAUCAUAAUUUUGAAAAAUUACU